AUGGCGUCCUUCUUCAAAUUCUUUACGGUCCUCACUACCCUAACAACUACCAUCAAUGCAGCGGCUCAAAACCCCCUUCUCCAAAUCCCGAACAGCGAAUUCGGUCCCAACCCCUCAAACGUAACCUUCUACCUCUACGUCCCCACCACUCUUGCUCCCAACCCGCCAAUUCUAGUAAACCCACACUGGUGUCAUGGGACCGCCCAAGCAGCAUUCAAUGGCACUCAACUCGCAACAUUGGCCGACCAGUACGGCUAUAUAAUGAUCUUCCCCGAUUCGCCAAAUGAUAUAGAUGACUGCUGGGACAUUUCAUCUCCUGCAACCCUCUCGCAUGAAGGGGGUGGUGAUAGUCUGGGCAUCGUAUCUAUGGUCCGCUAUGUUUUGGAGAAAUAUGGCGCUGAUGAGAAGAGGGUGUUUUCCAUGGGGACUAGUAGCGGUGCUAUGAUGACGAAUGUGCUGUUGGGGAGCUAUCCAGACGUUUUCGCUGCCGGAUCUGCGUGGGCGGGUGUUCCUUUCGGAUGUUACGCAGCUGAUGGAGUGGGAGUGUGGUCGGAGGCUUGUGCCACUGGACAAGUAACCAAAAGCAGUGUUGAGUGGAAGACGGUUGUUGAAAAUGGUUAUCCCGGCUAUGAGGGGUGGAGGCCAAAGAUGCAUGUUUUACAUGGAACGGCAGAUGAGACGGUGUCUUAUCAAAAUUUCCUCGAGGCAAUCAAACAGUGGACGGAGGUAUUGGGUGUUGCAAGCGAGGGUGCGACCAUUUUUUUGGAUGAUGUUAGUCCGCGUUGGAUUACAAUGAGUUGGUGCGAUGAGUUUGGAAAUGAGAGGUUUAAGGCGACGAGUGCGUCGAAUAUUACGCAUAAUAUCCGGACGAAUGUUGAUACGGUGCUGGAUUGGUUUGAUUUGAAAUGUGUGGGGGACGACUGUUUCUCUCGACCCUGA